UGAGCCACUGCGUUGAAACCUGAUUACCAGAGGUUGAUGGCGGUCAGUUCAUCAUUCUGCGCUACUAUGACGAGAACUGAGGGUCAGGGCGAACGCGCCUUAACUGCAGUGAAGGAUACACUCGAUGACAUCAAAAGCCGUCCUCAUCGCCAGCAGGUUAUUAUAGGUGUAGGAUCGGGACUACUUGCAGGUUAUAUAUUCGCGAAAAUCGGCAGGGUUGCUGCUCUUCUUUUGGGUGGAAGUCUGAUUGCCUUACAAUGCGCCGUCCAACAAGACGUUAUACGUAUCAAUUGGAGAAAAGUGGAACAUGCUGGUCACCAAAUACAGUCAAACACACCUGUCAUCUUCGAAGACAAGAUAUGCACGCGAAAUAAGCAAUUAAGGCAAAUUUUGCUCGUUUAUUGGAAUUGGGGAAUUGACUGAUCUCUUCAGUAUAUAACUCACUGAUCUACAUAUAGUCAAAUAGAAACUUUAAUCGUAUCAUAUAUCAUUUUUCUCAUGACUUAUUUUCUGACUACUGUUCAGAGAUAAAACGAAAUCAAUACAGUUCCAAUAGCGUAUGCAUGAAACAGUAAAGGUUGAGAUAAGUUGGUAGUUCUAAUAAACUACUUGACUCGUUGAAUUUAGUUGAGGGGCCAUCGUAGGCCAGUACUCGAUUAAUAAUAUUUGAUCAAUGGGUCUUUGUGAUUUUUUAUGAGAAUUGAUAAAUCGAUUAAUUUAUUGAUUUAUUCGAACACAAAUACUGGUACAAGAAGGCACCAAGUACAUAUGCGCCACACAAAUCAUUUGAUUUGUGUGAGGGCUGU